AUGAAUCCAGUGACGUUGAAUGACUCGAAAGCUCGCGGAGCUACUUCUUCUAACUCGGGGCUGGAUCAAGUUGCAGAGUGUGGAGGAAGGGUCGCUGAAGCCAGAGGAGGAACGGAAGCUGGAAGGGUGGAUGGAGAUGCAGGGAUUAGGGGAGCUGGAGGAGGUGUUGAAGGUGCUGAAGGUGCUGAAGGUGGAGGGCUUGCUAAAGAUGCAGGGGGUGGAGGAAGGGUUGCUGAAGACGGAGGAGGACCUGCAGGUGGAGGGCUUGCUAAAGAUGCAGGGGGUGGAGGAAGGGUUGCUGCAGACGGAGGAGGACCUGAAGCAGGAGGGGUGGGUGGAGACGGUUGGGGUGGUGAAGCUGGAGGAGGUGUCGCUGACGAUGGAGGUGGUGUCGAGGGUGGAGGGAUUUCAGUCGUACUUGUAGCAGGAGGCGGUGGUGCAGUGAUGAUUGUAGCAGGGGGUGGCGGGGCCGUUUUAGGAUUAACAACGCUGCACUUAAGCCUGAUCUCGCCCUGA